UCUCAGUGGCCGGGAUCCUGGCUGUUUUCUAAGCACACCCUUGCAUCUUGGUUCCCGCACGUGGGAGUCCCAUCCCGACCUUGAGCACAAUGACCCGCGCUCCUCGUUGCCCCGCGGUGCGCUCUCUGCUGCGCAGCCGAUACCGGGAGGUGUGGCCGCUGGCAACCUUUGUGCGGCGCCUGGGGCCGGAGGGCAGGCGGCUUGUGCAGCCCGGGGACCCGAAGAUCUACCGCACUUUGGUUGCCCAAUGCCUAGUGUGCGUGCCCUGGGGCUCACAGCCUCCACCUGCCGACCUUUCCUUCCACCAGGUGUCAUCCCUGAAAGAGCUGGUGGCCAGGGUUGUGCAGAGACUCUGCGAGCGCAACGAGAGGAACGUGCUGGCUUUUGGCUUUGAGCUGCUUAACGAGGCCAGAGGCGGGCCUCCCAUGGCCUUCACUAGUAGCGUGCGUAGCUACUUGCCCAACACUGUUAUUGAGACCCUGCGUGUCAGUGGUGCAUGGAUGCUACUGUUGAGCCGAGUGGGUGACGACCUGCUGGUCUACCUGCUGGCACACUGUGCUCUUUACCUUCUGGUGCCCCCAAGCUGUGCCUACCAGGUGUGUGGGUCUCCCCUGUACCAAAUUUGUGCCACCACGGAUAUCUGGCCCUCUGUGUCCGCUAGUUACAGGCCCACUCGACCCGUGGGCAGGAAUGUCACAAACCUUAGGUUCUUACAACAGAUCAAGAGCAGUAGUCACCAGGAAGCACCGAAACCCCUGGCCUUGCCAUCGAGAGGUACGAAGAGGCAUUCGAGUCUCACCAGUACAAGUGUGCCUUCAGCUAAGAAGGCCAGAUGCUAUCCUGCCCCGAGAGUGGAGGAGGGACCCCACAGGCAGGUGGUACCAACCCCAUCAGGCAAAUCAUGGGUGCCAAGUCCUGCUUGGUCCCCCGAGGUGCCUACUGCAGACAAAAAUUUGUCUUCUAAAGGAAAGGCGUCUAACCUGAGUCUCUCUGGGUCGCUGUGCUGUAAACACAAGCCCAGCUCCACAUCUCUGCUGUCACCACCCCGCCAAAAUGCCUUUCAACUCAGGCCAUUUACUGAGACCAGACAUUUCCUUUACUCCAGGGGAGAUGGCCAAGAGCGUCUAAACCCCUCGUUCCUACUCAGCAACCUCCAGCCUAACUUGACUGGGGCCAGGAGACUGGUGGAGAUCAUCUUUCUGGGCUCAAGGCCUAGGACAUCAGGACCACUCUGCAGGACACACCGUCUAUCGCGUCGAUACUGGCAGAUGCGGCCCCUGUUCCAACAGCUGCUGGUGAACCAUGCAGAGUGCCAAUAUGUCAGACUCCUCAGGUCACAUUGCAGCUUUCGAACAGCAAACCGACAGGUGACAGAUGCCUUGAACACCAGCCCAACGCACCUCAUGGAUUUGCUCCGCCUGCACAGCAGUCCCUGGCAGGUAUAUGGUUUUCUUCGGGCCUGUCUCUGCAAGGUGGUGUCUGCUAGUCUCUGGGGUACCAGGCACAAUGAGCGCCGCUUCUUUAAGAACUUAAAGAAGUUCAUCUCGUUGGGGAAGUACGGCAAGUUAUCCCUGCAGGAACUGAUGUGGAAGAUGAAAGUAGAGGAUUGCCACUGGCUCCGCAGCAGCCCAGGGAAGGACUGUGUCCCCGCUGCAGAGCACCGUCUGAGGGAGAGGAUCCUGGCUACGUUCCUGUUCUGGCUGAUGGACACAUACGUGGUACAGCUGCUUAGGUCAUUCUUUUACAUCACAGAGAGCACAUUCCAGAAGAACAGGCUCCUCUUCUACCGUAAGAGUGUGUGGAGCAAGCUGCAGAGCAUUGGAAUCAGGCAACACCUUGAGAGAGUGCGGCUACGGGAGCUGACACAAGAGGAGGUCAGGCAUCACCAGGACACCUGGCUAGCCAUGCCCAUCUGCAGACUGCGCUUCAUCCCCAAGCCCAACGGUCUGCGGCCCAUUGUGAACAUGAGUUAUAGCAUGGGUACCAGAGCUUUGGGCAGAAGGAAGCAGGCCCAGCAUUUCACCCAGCGUCUCAAGACUCUCUUCAGCAUGCUCAACUAUGAGCGGACAAAACAUCCUCACCUUAUGGGGUCUUCUGUACUGGGUAUGAAUGACAUCUACAGGACCUGGCGGGCCUUCGUGCUGCGUGUGCGUGCUCUGGACCAGACACCCAGGAUGUACUUUGUUAAGGCAGAUGUGGCCGGGGCCUACGAUGCCAUCCCCCAGGGUAAGCUUGUGGAGGUUGUUGCCAAUAUGAUCAGGCACUCAGAGAGCACGUACUGUAUCCGCCAGUAUGCAGUGGUCCGGAGAGAUAGCCAAGGCCAAGUCCACAAGUCCUUUAGGAGACAGGUCACCACCCUCUCUGACCUCCAGCCAUACAUGGGCCAGUUCCUUAAGCAUCUGCAGGACUCAGAUGCCAGUGCACUGAGGAACUCCGUUGUCAUCGAGCAGAGCAUCUCUAUGAAUGAGAGCAGUAGCAGCCUGUUCGACUUCUUCCUGCACUUCCUGCGUCACAGUGUUGUAAAGAUUGGUGACAGGUGCUAUACGCAGUGCCAGGGCAUCCCCCAGGGCUCCAGCCUAUCCACCCUGCUCUGCAGUCUGUGUUUCGGAGACAUGGAGAACAAGCUGUUUGCUGAGGUGCAGCGGGAUGGGUUGCUUUUACGUUUUAUUGAUGACUUUCUGUUGGUGACGCCUCACUUGGACCAAGCAAAAGCCUUCCUCAGCACCCUGGUCCGUGGCGUUCCUGAGUAUGGGUGCAUGAUAAACUUGCAGAAGACAGUGGUGAACUUCCCUGUGGAGACUGGUGCCCUGGGUGGUGCAGCUCCAUACCAGCUGCCUGCUCACUGCCUGUUUCCCUGGUGUGGCUUGCUGCUGGACACUCAGACGUUGGAGGUGUUCUGUGACUACUCAGGUUAUGCCCAGACCUCAAUUAAGACGAGCCUCACCUUCCAGAGUGUCUUCAAGGCUGGGAAGACCAUGCGGAACAAGCUCCUGUCGGUCUUGCGGUUGAAGUGUCACGGGCUAUUUCUAGACUUGCAGGUGAACAGCCUCCAGACAGUCUGCAUCAAUAUAUACAAGAUCUUCCUGCUUCAGGCCUACAGGGCCUCUUCCUGUCCACUGUGGCUCCUGCCCAGGUUCCAUGCAUGUGUGAUUCAGCUUCCCUUUGACCAGCAUGUUAGGAAGAACCUCACAUUCUUUCUGGGCAUCAUCGCCAGCCAAGCAUCCUGCUGCUAUGCUAUCCUGAAGGUCAAGAAUCCAGGAAUGACACUAAAGGCCAAGGGUGCCUCUGGCUCCUUUCCUCCUGAAGCCGCACAUUGGCUCUGCUACCAGGCCUUCCUGCUCAAGCUGGCUGCUCAUUCUGUCAUCUACAAAUGUCUCCUGGGACCUCUGAGGACAGCCCAAAAACAGCUGUGCCGGAAGCUCCCAGAGGUGACAAUGACCAUCCUUAAAGCUGCAGCUGACCCAGCCCUAAGCACAGACUUUCAGACCAUUUUGGACUAACCCUGUCUCCUUCCGCUAGAUGAACAUGGGCAUUGUAGCCUCAGCACUCCUGGAUCCACGUCACAAGAGGGACUGGUCAAUUGUGAGACUAGGUCAUCCUCCAAACCUCUGUGUCAUGGGUGGUAGUGUGGGAGAUUGUCCCAGUGCCUUGUUUCCUGUAACAGGCUUGAUUUCUUUCCUGAUGCCCUCAGGGAGGCAGAUCCCAUCCCUUUUAGUGGCAGGGAUCCACUAGCACCAGCACCAUGAGGAGUGCACCCAGUGCACAUGGGCCCUGGGACAGUGGACAGGUGUGAGAUUCCUGGGCCCUGGAGUCUUUUCACACCUAACCAUGGAGCCUGUCCCAGUACAUCAGAGAGUCUCGGAGAUGAAAAAGGACAUCGAGCCAGUGACCUAAAUUACAGCCUGAAUAUACUCUGAAUUCAUGUGACUGCCUUAGCUACUUCUCUACUGCUGUGUGGUAAAACACCAAGCCAACUUAUAAAAGCAGGAUUUUCCUACUGGAGCAGCAGCUGAGAGUUUACAUCUUGAUCUAUAAGCACGAGAGAGAGAGAGAGAGAGAGAGAAAGAGAGAGAGAGAGUGCUACUGGGAUAUUUUGUAUCUUUAAUUUUCAGUGAUAGUGGAUAUUCCAUGACUUCUCUGAAGCUAAGAUUCCUUGGCGGCAUUUGACAGUAACCAUAGUGGGUACCUACUGAGAUCACUGUAAAGAUAAAAUAGGGGGAAGUGUAUUUGUACUGAACCGGAAAAACAUACAAAUAAAGAGUAAAUCAUGGAAUUGUCUGUCAUACUAAUUUGAUCUACCACUCAAAAAGACUUCUUAUAUGUUUUCUGAUUUCCCAUCCUCUGUAGAUCUUGAUUGUUCUAUAACUGUGUAGAUUAGGCUGGCCUCAA